CAGAUUCCAGAAAACUAAUUUUGAUUCGCGGGAAAAUGGACGAAUCGUCACUGGCUCGGACUUCUGCAGCGGCGGCAGAUGAGACAGAUCAACCGUCGGAGCUAGAAGCUCCAAUCCCGGAACCUGGCGGCGAUCAACCGACCACCACUCCAAAUACCGCACUGAAGGCCCAAGGGCUGGACAGUAGCGAAUCGAAACCGAAGUUUAGCCAGAGCGAUAUACUGAAAGCCGUAGAGGUGGUGGAGAGAGAUUCUCUUGCCAUCGCCGAGAGCUUCUCCUCUCUCUUUGCUUCACUUCGUUUGGCUCUUUCUGAGGUCACUAGCUGCUCAGUUGAUCAUAUGCAGUGCUUUGCUGAUGCUGCAGGGUAUGUUCAAGAUUCAGCACUUGACGCAGCCACAAAGGGGAAUCGGUAUGUAAAUUCAUGCCUCAGGUACCAUUCCAGCACCCUGCUCCCUACUGCACAAGAUAGUAGGAGGAAAGAUUAAGACAAGAAGGGGGAGAAAACAACAUAAAAGAAACCAAAAUAUAAUCUUUAAGAAAUGAUGGGAGACUCAGGGAGUUUUGAACCGUUUAUGGAGGGUAAAAUGUGUUGGGGUAGACAGACAUGGAUCUGGCCUUUAGUAACCCAUUUAUGUUUUGCAGAUUAAAUGAGGAAAUGAAGAGUGCCGACACCUUAGCCAUGCAGGUGUAUCCUUCUGAUUUUCUUAGCAUGUUUUGUGGUCCUUUAAGAUUUAUUUGUUUUAUUUGAGAUAAAAGUCCUGCUUAUCUGACUAACAGACUUUCCCAUGAAAGGGAGACAGCUAGACACUUGAGUCAAAUCGAACCUUCUGCAUUUAGCACUGUAGUUAUUGAACAUUUACUAGAAUUUAUCUUCUUUAUAGAAUAGGAAUUUUGUAAAUCUGGCUUCUCAUUUUUGGUGUUUCCUUCACUAAGUUCUUGUAAAGAAAAAUUCUGAGGAGGAAUGUAGAUGUUCUAGACUCAGCUGUGAACAAGCUAUUACGUCUGCCAUGAGGAAGAACUAUCAACUACUGGUUGAACUUAUUGCUUUGCAUUCAAAUAUGAGAGCAUAGAACAACAAAACAUGUGGAGUAACGGCCCAAUAGAUCUUAUACCUGAAGCCCAACGAAGCCUACUUACGUGAAAAAGACCUCUUGAUAUCUUUCUUGGACCCAUUUCUGUAAGUCCAGAUAUUCUUUCAAUCAUUUAGCUCUGGCAUUCCUACUGGCUCCAAAAGCUCUCUUUUGCAUCCUUAUAUUCAAAAGUCACUGUCUUAUUUUGGGAGUUGUAAAAGUCUUUGUUAAUUGAUCAAACAAAAUAUUAAAAAUAAUUAGCAUAGUAGAUAAUGUUAUUCAGGUUUAAAAUUGGCAUUUGCGGAAUAUGGUGGAUGCCAACCAAAUAGUACUGCCAAAUGCAUGAUAUUUUGUUAAUUAUCCACUUUGUCGUUACUAUAAUAAAUUGUGUGCCUAAUCAAGCAUUCCUUUUAUAAUAUGAUUUAAUCCAAAUUAAUUUAAUUAGGUAGUCUGCCUCAUCGAGUGAUGGAGACUUUGAAUAAGAAUGGCCUACAUUCUUUAGGAUGGUCUCCUUUAAGGGACAGACUAUCAUAUAAUUGGCUGCAGGAAGAGCACCGUAUUUCUGAGAAUGA